AUGAUGCCAGUCCACACACCUGAAGAUGGAUUCCCUCCCGGAACAAUCUUGCUAGAAGACCGAAACGCUCCUCAAUCUGAAUUGAUUCUCAGUCCGACUCCCACAGAUGACCCAGAUGAUCCUUUGAACUGGUCUAAACUUCGGAAAGCAGUCAACUUUGCACUCACCUGUACAUACGUGCUUUUCACGUUUGUCCUUAUUGAUAUCAACAGUCUCGCAUAUCGGGGAUACAUCAAGGAGCUGGGUCUGACCUACGCAACGUUCAACAUAUCGAGCGGCUGUAACUUCGCAGGCCUUGCGAUUGGGUGCCUACUAUUGAUCCCCUGUGUGCACAAAUUCGGGCGACGUCCGCUAUAUCUUGUCAGCGCUACUCUACAACUCGUUUGUGCCGUCUGGUGGGCCAACUUCCAUCAUGCCGGGGAGUUGAUCACCCUCAGUUUUCUGGUGGGGAUCGCCGGCUCAGUCAGCGAGGCAAUUGUGAUGAUCACCGUCGUCGAUUUGUUCUUCGUUCAUCAGCACGCUCGUAUGAACGGAAUAUUCAUCUUCAUGCAAAGCCUUGGCGCCACCGGUGGCCCUGUCGUUGCAGGGUACAUUGUCGUCUCUUUGGGCUGGAGAUGGAUGUGGAAGAUUGUCGCAAUUCUAGUCGGAGUCAACCUUCUUUUUGUACUUUGCUUCUUCGAAGAGUCCAAGUAUGCCCCUACGAUUGUCGGGCACUCGGCCUCUUCAAAGUCAACUGAAUUUCUCGAGGACAAGGAAAAGUUCGACACAACUACAGAGACACAGCCAGUACAAUCUGUUCAGGUCCAGCGCAGCCGCAAAUCUAUUCGUCAACGUCUGGCUUUUGUUACAAAAACCGAUGUACCCAUUUUACAGCACUUUCAUCAGCCUCUGAUCGUUCUUUUCUCAUUCCCUGCAGUGGCAUUUGCUGCCCUCACCUACGGAUCUAUUCUUUCCUGGUUCUCUGCCACUGUGUCGGCUGGGUCUUACUUUUUGAUCGCUAAACCGUACAAUUUCAAUGCGGCUCAAAUUGGCCUGUUCCACCUGGGAGGCUUCGCAGGCACUGUUCUAGCCACACUCACAGCACCACCACUGAAUGAUUGGCUUAUUAUCCGGCUGGCCAAACGAAAUGAAGGUAUCUUCGAGCCAGAAAUGCGGCUGUGGAUGAUGUUCCCAGCGGCUGUUAUAAAUUCCGCCGGGUUGAUGAUGGCUGGCAUUGGUCUUGCGAAGGGUUUACAUUGGGCUGUCCUGGCUGUUGGAAACGGCAUAUUCGGCUUUGGUUUCAUCGUCACUGCUGACGUUGCUCUCACCUAUCUCACUGAUAGUUAUCCUGAUAUCCUUGGUGAUGCACUCAUAGCCGUCGUGUUCGUUCGUAACGGCUUAGCCAUGGUCAUUCGAUUUUCGUUCACGGACUGGAUCUAUGGCAUGGGCAUUCAGAACACCUUCAUCCUUAUUGGAGUGAUUGCUUUGGUCACUGCCAUAUUACCGGCCGUAUUGGUGAUCUAUGGUAAACGGGCUCGAGCGAAGACCGCUGAGAAAUAUCGGGUCUAUGCAUCACGCCAACAAGUUGCAAGGGCUAUAUAG